AUGUAGGUUUCAAUCGAGAUUGCAACAUGGACUCACAACAAUCAUGGAUUAUUCGAUUAUGAAUCAAAAGAAUUGAAGACUUCUAAAAUAAAUGUGAGAAACACAACUAACUUAAUAUUGAAUGAGGAAAAUACUGACACCAUUGUAUAAUCUGAUAAUGUUGGUGGCGAUUGCAUUGGCUCAAUAAGUUUUGAAGGCAAUUCAAUAUAUUUUAAAAGUAAUCCAGACUUUUAAGAUGCAUAUGUGAAAUUAGACCCAAAAUAAAAAUAAUAGUUAUAAGCUGGAGACCUCUUUAAAUUUGGAAGAAUGGAAUAUUUUGUUUCAGAGUUAAACAACGGAGACAAAGUAUGGAUGGCCGAAGACCAUUACAAUUUAGAAAGACAUAUUAAAAUACAAAAGAAGAAAGAUCCAAGACAGUGUAGGUUUUGUCUAAUGGAUGAUUAAGAGUAAACAGAGGACCCAAAAAAUCCAUUUCUCUAAGAUUUGUGUAGUUGCAAAGGAUUAAUGGCAUAUGUUCAUUUUGAAUAAUUUCAUGCAAAUAAACCUAGAAACACAGUUCAAUAUCAUUGGAAUAAAGUCUUGGAAUGUGAUGUAUGUAAAGACCCCCUUCCAGCUCGAGUCUAUAUUGAGAAUCAACCUGAACCCUCCUUUAGAUGA